GGCCCCGAGCACUCCUGGAGGGCCCGCCCGAAGCGCUGGAGUCCGUGGGCGCCGCCCGCCUCCGCCCGGAGGCAGAGUUGGGGGCAGGCUUGUCCCACCGACCCCGCGGGAUUGGCCCCGCCCCGGGGCCGCGGGGAGGCCCCACCAUGGGAGGCGGAGUUGCCGCCGCCCCCUCCAGCCCCCCGGACUGCGGCCCCUUCUUAAGCCCGUGAAGCUACUGGCUGCCCCUCUCUCGCCUCUCCCGCCAGCCUCCCUCUCCGCGAUGGCCUCCGCACUGAGCUAUGUCUCCAAGUUCAAGUCCUUCGUGAUCUUGUUCGCCACCCCGAUUCUGCUGCUGCCACUCAUCAUCCUGAUGCCCGCCAAGUUUGUCAGGUGCGCCUAUGUCAUCAUCCUCAUGGCGAUUUACUGGUGCACAGAAGUCAUACCUCUGGCUGUCACUGCCCUCAUGCCUGCCUUGUUUUUCCCGCUCUUCAAGAUUCUGGACUCCAAACAGGUGUGCGUCCAGUACAUGAAGGACACCAACGUGCUGUUCCUGGGUGGCCUCAUCGUGGCCGUGGCUGUGGAGCACUGGGACCUGCAUAAGAGGCUCGCCCUGCGCACGCUCCUCUGGGUGGGCGCCAAGCCUGCCCAGCUGAUGCUGGGCUUCAUGGGCGUCACGGCCUUUCUCUCCAUGUGGAUCAGCAACACGGCCACCACGGCCAUGAUGGUGCCCCUUGUGGAGGCCGUGCUGCGGCAGAUGGAGGCCAUGAGCGCAGCCACCGAGGCCGGCCUCGGGGCUCUGGAGCUGGCAGACAGGGGCAAGGCCGGCGAGCUGCCAGGGAGCCAAGAGAAUUGUGAAGGUCCCUCCGUGAGGCAGCGGGAGGUCGACAGGAAGAACAUAGGCAAGGCCAUGACCCUGUGCGUGUGCUACGCAGCCAGCAUCGGAGGCACUGCCACCCUGACCGGCACGGGACCCAACGUGGUGCUCCUGGGCCAGAUGCAAGAAUUGUUUCCUGACAGCAAAGACACCGUGAACUUCGCCUCUUGGUUCGGAUUUGCCUUCCCUAAUAUGCUGCUCAUGCUGCUGCUCUCCUGGCUGUGGCUCCGGUUUAUUUACAUGAGAUUCAAUAUUAAAGAGUCCUGGGGCUGCGGGCUGGAGAAGAGUGAGGAGAAGGCUGCCCACGAGGUGCUGUGGGCGGAGUACAGGAAGCUGGGGCCCCUCUCCUUCGCUGAGGUCAACGUCCUUCUCUGCUUCUUCCUGCUGGUCGGCCUGUGGUUCUCCCGGGACCCCGGCUUCAUGCCCGGCUGGCUGUCAAUCGCCUGGGUGGAGGGCAAGACAAAGUAUGCCUCCGAUGCCACAGUGGCCAUCUUUGUGGCCAUCUUGCUAUUCAUUGUGCCUUCGCAGAAGCCCAAGUUCAACUUCUGCAGCCAGACUGAGGAAGAAAGGAAAACACCAUUUUAUCCGCCUCCGCUGCUGAACUGGAAGGUGGCCCAGGAGAAAGUACCCUGGGGCAUUGUGCUGCUCCUGGGGGGUGGCUUUGCCCUGGCUAAAGGAUGCGAGGCCUCGGGGCUGUCAGAAUGGAUGGGGAAGCAGAUGGAGCCCUUGCAUGCUGUGUCCCCAGCAGCCAUCACCUUGAUCUUGUCCACACUCAUUGCUGUGCUCACUGAAUGCACAAGCAACGUGGCUACCACCACCCUGUUCCUGCCCAUCUUUGCCUCCAUGUCACGUGCCAUUGGCCUCAACCCGCUGUACAUCAUGAUCCCCUGUACCCUGACUUCAUCCUUUGCCUUCAUGUUGCCCGUGGCCACCCCACCUAAUGCCAUCGUGUUUUCCUAUGGACACCUCAAGGUUUCUGACAUGAUGAAAACAGGACUAAUAAUGAACGUCAUUGGAAUCACCUGUGUAUUUUUGGCCGUCAACACCUGGGGACGGGUCAUAUUUGACUUGGACAGUUUCCCUGACUGGGCUAAUGUGACAGCACAUUGAGACUUAGGAAGAGCCGCAAGACCACGCCCAAGGCCCCUGCCCUCCUGAGGACACCCGAACCUUCCAGUACAACUUACAGCAGAGCUUUGGGGUUCAUGCCCCAAGGUGACCCCAUCAUGCCCACACCCCACGGAGCCCCAGCCAACGGGCCACCUCUUCCUCCACGCCUGGGAUCUCAGCUGGGGACGGGUGUCUGGAGGGCAGGCUCAGAAGUGAAGGGAGCCUCCCAUAAGGCUGCUGGCGUCCAUCUUUCCUGGGGCCUGCCAUCAUCUCUGGGACGGGCAGGGUCCCACCCCCACUAAGCCUCGAGCUGGCCCCAUGGCCGGGCUCUGGUGUUCUCUCGUCAUCUAAAUGGCAAUCAGAUUCCAGCUCUGGAGGUGAGAAAACAACCUUCCAGAGCCUGUGUCUCUCCCAGCUUACCUUGGGCUGCCUCAGAUCCCUCCUGUCACUCGGAAGGGACAAUCCAGCCCGGGGACAAAAUGUCUGGUCCUGGGCAGCUUUCCACUGCUGGAGCGAGUGGGAAUCAGAGCCUCCUGGGACCACCAGGAGUAUGGUGGUCCUCAUCCAAAGGAUGAGGAAUUUGAGUCAAUAACUUGCGGACGACACCACCGGCAGCAACCCGCUGACAGUUCACUGCUCCGUUUGAACUGACAGUUUGGACCCCCUUCCCAGCUCUGCGGGGCACCUCCUUCAGCUCCUAGGCCCCUCUGUUGUCUGGCCAACAUUUGCUGGAAUCCGCCCCUUUUCUCCCAGGCAGGUCAGUUUGGCUCUUCCGGGAGAUGCUUUUCCCGCCCCACGACAGCUGAGAUCACACUCCAAGUAUGGGCAGUGAUGGCCUCCUUUGGGGCCACAGGCGGAGGUCUAGGUCCUCCCUCACCUGCAGACCCAGAGGGAAUACCUGUUAACCGCCCAAAGCAGGGUUCCUUCAGGGUUUGUCUGUCACGCCAGAGUUUGGGCACCUCUGGGGAAAGCCUCCCUCUGCUGACUGGUCUUGGCCGUCUAGCCUGCUGCUGACAGAGCAUCGUUGAGAACACGCAGUGCCCGGCGGUCCCUGAGCAGACAGCCCCUGCCUGUGAGUGAAUCUACCUGAAGUUGCUGGACAAAGACUCCAGAGGGGCCGGGGAACCCUCAGAACAAUCUGUGAGAGACACAUGAGAGAGUCCUAUCCUCCUACCCACCAGCCCAAUUUUCUUUCCUUCUUGUGCUGCCCGUUGAUGGUAUUUUUCAGAGCAGGAGAAAGUCUGGGAACCCAAGGAACCCCCAUGCCCCACCCGAGGACCAAGCAUACACCACCCGGUUCCUUGGGUGGGAUGAUGUCUGAGCGCCCGGUCUGUCCCCCAUGGAAGGUGCACAGCGCUGUCUCUGGCUUUCUGCUGUGUGUGGGGUGGGGGUGGGCAGGCAGAUGGAUGAAUGAACACUUACUGCCCACCUCCAGUGUGCCAGAACUCCCCGGCCCUGGUGCAUCGGACAGUUAUCUCAUUCAGUCUUUGCAGCAGCCUGAGAGAUAGGCAGGCUUUAUUAACCUCCUCUGUCUUUCAUUAAUACUGGGACUCAGAGAAGCCACGUCAUGUCCAAAGUCACACAUCAAGUUAGUGGUGGCUAAGGUUCCAAUUUGGAUCUUCCGCUGCCAUGUCCACUGCUGCUUCCUCUAGCCAUUAAGGGCCUUGGCCUUACAGGGACAGUAGGGAAAGGUGGGUGGCCAAGAGCACGUCUACCCCAAGGCCCUGCCUGCUCAGGGAUCAUUCACAAGAGCCCUUUCUGCUGCCUCCUCGGAGAUGGGCUUAGGUCAGUCCUGGAACAGACAGGGCUGGUCUUUGCCCAGAGAAAUAAAGCCUUUGGUUGGAGAGAGCAGUAUGGAAAUGGCUACCUGCUCCCCUGCCAAGAUAAAACCGACCCACCCCUCUAUCACUACUCCCUACGCUGCUGCUCUUGAUGUGUCUGCCCCAGCAGUGAGGGCUCCCAAGGACUUGCACUGCCUGCUGGGUCCAGUGCUGGCCCUAUGGCUAAUCCACAGCAGGCCACCACAAGUAUGAUUGGUAAAUAAAUGAUUGAUCAGUGUUUUCAAUUAGAUGUAUGCCUGGUGGUAGUGAGCAAGGUCAGUGAAGGUCAUCCAAUGUGGGCAAUGAAGGAUGAGUAGGACUGGCCAGGCUGAUGGGGGAGGAUGUGGUGGGGUGGGUGGAAGGGUGGGGGGAUUCCAUCUGGUUGAGGAAUGACAAGAAAGCUGGGCGGGGGUUCAGGAGAACAGAUCCCAAGGUUGAGGAGGCUGACCAAAGGCUGUUUCUAAACAGCGUCUCUUGAAGUUGGCUGGAGUUGCACUAACAUUUAUGGCCAGUGCCGAUCAGGAUUGCUUUCGGCUGCAAGUAGGAGAAAACCUAGCUAACAGCGGCUUAAAUCAUAAGGGCAUUUAAUGUCUACGUAACAAGAAGUCUGGAGGUAGACGGUUGCUGGCGCUGGUCCAGCAGCUCACUCGGGCCACCAAAGACUUGGGUUUGAUCAUCCACUUUGCUAUCUUAAGGGUGCUAUGCCUUUACUCUCAUGCUUGACCCUCACACUACAUACACAUCUGCAUUGAAGGCAGGAAGGAAGGUGUGCGAGAUGGGGGCAUGAUGGCGCCUACUGCAUCUUUCCCUUUUAUUAGAAAAGCAAAAGCUCUCUCAGAAGGCCCUACAAUCUUCCCUUUAUGUCUUGUUGGCCAGAACUAGAUCGUAUGCCCACCCUUAGGCCAAUCACUGACAAAGGGGAAUUGGAAUACCAUGAGACCAAUUAGGACUCAUUUCUUGGCCUUGGGAAAUUGGCCUAUGUUUCCUGAAAUCAAGAGGUUUUCACCUACUACAAAAUCUGGCUUCCGGCAGGGGAAGAAAAGGGGGAGCUGCUGGGUAGGUGAUGAACCAGGGUCUGCUAUUAUGACCCUUUCAGAGGGCUGCCCUCACUCCAGGCUACUUGAGUGGCUCCCUUUCCAUGGAAUUCAGUAGAAACACAUUCCUAGGUAGGAAGAGAGUAUGUGUUUGGUCAAGGGCUUCACCUCUGCCUCCACUUCCAGGAGAACCACUGGAUUGGGAGGCUAGAGUCUGAGUCAUGGACCAAGCUCAGUCCUGACGUCGGCUACUGAAAAAGUCAGUCCACUCUCUGGGCCUCAGUUUCCAUCAGGAAGGGGUCGGACUAGAGCAUCUGUAAGGGCCUUUCCCCAGAGUCAUGAAUACCCUUACCCCACUGACCCUUCAUCUGCUUGGGCCAGAUGCAGCCCCUGCCACAUCCCCAUGAUGUCUUGGCUUAAAGUCUAUUACAUGGUCCACUCCCUGCUCCCACCUGGGUCUUAGCCAUUUGCCGAAAGCCCUCUGAGACCUUUUCCCCAUUGAUAUUUUGCCUCUUACAUUUUGUAAAGAGCUUCUACCCAAGACCCUUGAUUUCUCUCUUCUUAGCAUAUAUCAGACAUUUGGGCCCAAGGUUAGCUGAACGCAUAAUCCUGACCAGGAUUGCUCUCUGAACCGUUUUGCCAGGGACUGAUGACUCCACAAGGAUCCCAUGCAUUCCAGGGUUCCUUACCGUUGAUCCUGGAAUUGGGAUCCUUCCUUGUCCCUCUGAGCUGAGGACUUCCUUGGGGAAAGACCUGGACCGCCUCCUCUGGCAAAGCCAGUGAACAGGGCAUCUCCCUGGGACAGGAGAAGUCGUCCCUCCUCCCCACCAUCCCUUACACAGAAGAAUAAUGGAUAAUGAAACUUUUGCUCUGGACUUCAAGCAGGGAGUCAGCUCACUAGCACAGGGUCCAGUUCUCAAAAUGAAUAUGGACAUUCCCUGGUAGGACCCUUGAUGGCAUGUUCUUGUUUGUGGAAAUAAAGACCAAAUGCUGGACUGUCUGGUUAAAAAUUACACCUGGAAGUCCUGUUCUUAGCUCAGAACUCCUUUUUCUGGCCUACUCUCUCCCCUGGUCCCACAUCCUCUUAAAAGCCUUGUCUUCCAACCCACCAAAGAAGCUUCUUUUCACAUUAAAAAAAAAUUCCAUCAUGAUACAUCCUCCACAUCAUGGGUUGGCUUUUUACAUUCUCCAACAGAAAGCUUAUCAUUUCCUGCCAAAAUCCUUGUGCUCAGAUAGAUAUUCAGUUUAUUUCCUGUGGUGUCCUGAGCCAGGAUUCAGCUUCUCACUUCCCUACCCCAGAAACGCCUUCCAGCCGCUUCCCUGAUAUGCUUGUGCAAAUGCCCACUUCUACUCUCAGAGACACAGGCCGCCCACUGCUGGCAGUGUUAGAGCAGCAUUUAUGUCCCUGCUUCCAGCUAUCAAGGGUAGAGAAAUAUGACAAUUCAACCUCAGAACACCGUUAUCCAAUCAAGAAAUUUUAACUAGUUUUUAUAUCUGAAAAGUUACCAUGAACACAGUGAAAAAAUUCCAACAGUACAAAAAAGUAUUGAGACAUGUCCCUCUACUUUAGACCUUGAGGCCUCCAGGCCCUUCCAGAAAGGCAACCAUUGCCCAACAGUUUCUUACAUGUCCUUCCAGACCUGAUACAUAUAUAGUCAGCCUGCAGGGGUUGGCUCCAGGACCCCCGAGGGUACCAAAAUCUGCGGACGCGCAAGUCCCUUGUAUAAAAUGGCCUAGUACAGUCGGCACCCCCAUAUCUGUGAUCCUGCAUGGUGGUUGGUUGAAUCUGCAGAUGCAGAACUCGAGGAUACAGAGGGCCAACUGUAUACAAGCUUAUGUAAUAGGUAUGUGUCCUCUUUAUUACACCUGGGAGCAUACUAUACACAUUUUCUGUCCUUGUUUCCACUCCUCCCCCUUAAUUUAUUUGGAGAUCAUUCCAUUUCAGGACAUAUUAAGUUUGACUUUACUUCCCCAUUCAAUAGUUAAUUUUGUUUUUAUUUUUUCAUUUUUUAUUUUUGGCUGCUCCGCAGCUUGUGGGAUCCUAGUUCCCUGACCAGGGAUUGAACCCAGGGCCUGGAAGUGAGAGCACCAAGUUCUAACCACUGGACCACCAGGGAAUUCCCAAUUUUGUUUAUAAACUGAGGUAAAAUUAAAUUCAGUGAAUUGCAAAGAUCUUAAGUGUACACUUCAGUGAUUUAGACAACUGUAUAAAAGGUGUAAGCAACACCUCAUUUCCAUCUCCUUAACCCCUGAAGGUUCUCUUGCCCCUUCCAGGAAUCUGCACCUUCUUGAGGCAACCACUGUACUGAUUUCUGUCAGCAUGGGUUGGUUUUGCCUGUUGAAAUUCAUGUAAAUGGAAUCAUACAGUACCUACUCUUGUGUCUGAUUUAUUUUGUGCAACAAAAUGCUUUAGAAAUUCAUUCCUGUUGUGUGUAUCCAUUCAUUCCUUUUAUCGUUGUUGCUAAGUAGUGUUCCAUUGUAUGAAUAUGUCACAGUUUGUUUAUUCUCCUUUGAUGGACGUUAGGUUUGCUCCAGUUGAGGGCUAUCUGAAUAAAGCUGUUAUAACAUUCUCUGCAUAAGUCUUUUUGUGGACAUAUGUUUUCACUUCUCUUGGCUGUGUGCCUAGGAGUAAGCCUCAGUCUUUUUAAAAGCUGCAUAGUAUUCUAUUGUAAGUGUAUACCGUAUAAUAAACAAGACCCCUAUUGAUGGGCAUUUGGGUCAUUUCCAAUCUUUUGCUAAGACUGUAAUAAACAUGUCUGUACUUAAAUCUUUGUAAACGUACGUGAGUAGAAUACUUGCCUAGAAUGGCAUGCUGGAUGAAAAUGUAUAUGUAUUUAUAUCUGGGAAAGAGGGGAAUUCCCUGGCAGUCCAGUGAUUAAGGUUCUGCACUUUCACUGCUGAGGGCCCGGUUUCCACCCCUGG